AUGGCUGAUUAUUUGUUGUCUCAAACGCUCUCGGCGCGCUAUUACCAGCCCGAUCGGUUCCCGCACAUAUCGGAGGCAAUCGGCGCAGAGCCGGGAUCGGACCAUGGUCAGAUUCUUGACAAGAGCUCACCCGAGCCCUCAUCGGCGAACCGAGUGAGGAAACGCGGUAGACCGAGAAAAGCUUCUGGCAAUACCUCUCCUGGUGACCGUCGGGCUCAGAUUCGGGCUGCACAAAGGACUUACCGACUGAAGAAAGAGGCCAUGUUUCAGGAUCUGAAAACCCGCGUGUCGGAGCUUGAAGAAAGCAUGGCCAGAAUAUCUCAAUCGCUAUCCACAUUCUACCGCAUGGCCGUUCAGUCUGAUCUCAAUCUCACUCAUCCUUAUCUCUUCCAGCAACUCAACUGCACCGUCUCGCAGGUAAAGCGUGAAAGUAAAUCAUCAAAUGAGAGCUCAUCAUCUGCUGCGGGGCUUCAUCAUAUAGAAUUCGCCGCUUUAUCAUCCGCAAAGGCAGCCAACGAGGCAUCCACCUUUGGAUACACGAUGAACAUGAACCCCGGGGGGAGUGGAACGUUCUACAAGCCACCAGGAAGUGACCGCAUUAGAGUAUCACCUUCUGUCCGAUAUGCGAAUCGCUCAUAUUUGGGAAAUCUCCCGAGGGACAUCGAAAGACCAUUGAACAGCAGUGGUACUUUCACAUACAGCUAUAACGAAUCGACAUUCGCUCGUCGACUCCACCGAUACUGCAUAGAGUACGCCUACCAAUUAUUCACUGACCCGCGAACGGACCCCCAGGACAUCUAUCGUGUCUUCCGUCUGGUGAGCUGCCUGCGUCAAGAGGAUAAAAUGGCCCGCUGUCUUGCUACCCUCCUCAGUGCAGGCCCAAAAGAGCCUUUGGAAAGACCGAAGGUGCCUUUCUACUGCAUUGGCGGUGCCGGCACGCAUUACCCACAGGUGCAACCUGAUGGAAAGCCUUUGUAUCCCGAGAAUAUGAGACUUCCGGGCCGAGUGCUGGGCUCGAUUCCGGGCAGCGCUCCGGAGAUGGACAAUAAGCCGUCAGCGGAGAAGAGACAGGAGCUUCUUAAGAUAUACGGGUUAGAUGGUACUUGGCUUGAUUGCCGUGAUGUCCAAGGUUAUCUCGAAGAAAAGGGCUUCUGUCUUGAUGAUUCACCGUGUGUCUUCGCCACUCCUACGUCGGAAAAUCAGGAGAAUGCUCCAAAGACUGAGCUGAAUCAAUCAAAGGACAUUCCUAUGGACUUAGAUGAUCGUCCGGAGCUCAAAUCGCCGUCUCUACACAAUUCUGAUAGAACAGACAGCGCAACAGGACAAGCGACCUGGGUCCUUAACAUUGACGGAUUCGUUCAGGCGCUUUUGAAGAAGAUGGUUAUUCUGGGACGAGCCCCCGGCUUCCGAUUGACUGACGUCGAAGCCGCCGUCAAAUCAGCAGCAAAUGUAUCGUCGAGCUAA